CGGAAAUGCACCAAUAGCUGCCGACCCUGAGCCGGACGGCGCUGCAUCUGUAUCCGCCUUCACGGCUGCCUUGUUCAAGUCUGUCAGAAAUGAGUUUCCACUACGGCCAGGGCUAUCCGGGAGGAGGCCACCGACCACAAGCUGCUCAAUACGGUGGGGCCAGUGGUCCUUACGGGCCGACACCCUCAGCUCCGUACGGAGGCGCACCCUCAGCUCCGUACGGAGGCGCACCGCAUCAACAAGGGGGUCCGUAUGCUGCUUAUGGAGCUCCAGGUCAAGGAGGGCAGUAUGGGCAUGCACCAGGGGGCGCCCCCGCCGGGCAUUAUGCGGGUUACGGGGGACAGCCUCAUGGAGGACAUUACGGACACCAUGCUCCUGCAGGUAACAUCCCUCCUGGUGUGAACCAAGAGGCGUUCCAGUGGUUCCACACUGUUGACACGGACCGCAGUGGCUUCAUCAACCUAAAGGAGCUGAAGCAGGCCCUCGUCAACUCCAACUGGUCUGCUUUUAAUGACGAGACCUGCCUCAUGAUGAUCAACAUGUUUGACAAGACGCGGUCCGGUCGAAUGGACAUUUUUGGCUUCUCAGCCCUGUGGGACUUCAUGCAGCGGUGGAGAGCUCUCUUUCAGCAAUAUGACAGAGACCGCUCCGGCUGUAUCAGCGGCGCGGAGUUACACCAAGCCCUCGCUCAGAUGGGCUACAACCUGAGUCAACAGUUUUCCGAGACGCUGGUGCGACGCUUCACCGUGCUCGGCGGGCGACCCGGCAUCCAGCUGGACCGCUUCAUCCAGGUGUGCACCCAGCUCCAGAGCAUGACGCAGGUCUUCAGAGAGAAAGACACGACCAUGACGGGCAACAUCCGCCUUAACUAUGAGGAUUUCAUCUCCGGGGCCAUCACCAGGCUCAUGUGAGCCUCGGUCCACCGGCAAGCCCCUCUGCACUGUGGAUUCAUCGUAUCAUUCCAUGUUCAGGUCCUAUUUUGCUGGGUUUUUCAAUGCUCUGCCAUAAGUGCCUCCACCUGUAUGUGUACAGUAUAUCAGCCAGAACACAUCAUUCCGUGGCUUGUUGCUGUAAGGAAGUAAAGCAUGACAUCACAAAGUUCAUUGGCUGUUAAAAAGGCAGCUAAAGCUUUUACUGGACGGCUUGACUUUCACCAGGCGCAAGUGUGAAAGUGAUCGUUUCAAAGGUGACUGAUGCCAUAGAGCCCCAGAUAUAUUUCUACCAUAAACUGCAAAAGAGGCGUUGUUUGAUAAACUGAAUGUUGACCCGACAACAUCCAUACCCGAUGAAUUUUCUCAUUUGCUCAUUCCUGUGCCAUUAAGAUGACAUCGGGAAUAUUCAGCAGGGUGUUUCCAUGCAAUGGUUGCACAUUGUAUUGAACAUUGCUUUAUAUUGUGUUGUGCAUAAUUAGCCAAAAUCAAGCCAUUUUUUUCCUAAUAUUUGGAUUCUUCUUCUCUGACAUUCAGUGGGGUGUUGCGAGUGAGUAGAACAAAAAAAUGUAUUAUAGCUUUCUGCUACACUGCACUCCUUUAAGCCAAUAUCAACCAUAACUAAUAAUACAAAAUUAUCUGUGGUGAAAAAAAGACCCAAAGGUAUAACAAAUUGUCCUUAUUAUGUUUUCUGCUUCCCCAUCAAUGAAAUGGAUCUUCAGUGUUUGUUGGGCCAGUACUCUAAGAGAUAAAACACUCCACCGAGGUGGUCUGAAAUUCCAUAACAUCAUGGUUCUUAAUGCCAAAACUAAUAAAUGCUUUUCUAUCACG